UGUGGAGCAGCGACGGUUCUUUUUCUCGGCUCCACCAGAACAGAAGGUAGGUUUGAGGCGGAGCGGAAGAGGCAGCGGACCGGGUCGGCAUUUGAGGAGACUUCGUCAACGCUCUGUGUACGCGGCCAAUCCCGAAUAAGCAAGCUGCGGCCCUCAGCUUUGCUUCAAAGCGGCGAUAGAGUGGGACUUCCUUCCAACGGGCAUGAGAAGGGCCGGAUUUCGGAGUCAGGAGCUGCCGGAGUUACGAGCUGAGCGCCGUUGCGUUUCAGGGAGCGGAAAGUCUCACACAGAAGUAACGAUGUACCGCCGACCCGGGGAGAGGCAGUGGAAGUGCGAGGAUUGCGGGAAAGGUUUCACAUACCCGUCUCGGCUGGAGACCCACCGACGCAGCCACGCCGGCAAGAGGCUGUUCACCUGCUCGGUUUGCGGGAAGGGCUUCGCCCAGUCGUCCCGCCGGCUGAAACACCAGCAGGUCCACGUCGCUGAGAGGCCGUUCACCUGCCCCGAGUGUGGGAAGUGGUUCACCCAGUCCAGCAGCCUGCAGAGGCACCGGCGGGUCCACACCGGGGAGAGGCCGUUCGGCUGCGCGGCGUGCGGGAAGCGGUGCACUCGGUUAUCCCACCAGCCGCAACACAGCGGACUGACAGCGAUCUCAACCGAGCACACCCCGGACUGAACCCCCACAGCCAGGAGGCUUACGAAUGGAGGUGGAGCUUCUCAAAAUGAGCACCAUGAAAAUAAGUGACAUUUCCAGGAUAUCCAAUUCCAGCUUGGCACAGGGUUGUGUACGUCAGCAGAAACAAACCCAAUAUUGUCAGACUGUCACAAGUUAUCACAGAAGAUUAAGCCACUCGGCCCAUCAAGUCUGCUCUACCAUUUGAUCACAGAGUCAGGACUGUGUAUUUUUUUGAAAAUGAACAACUUCUACAAGGAUAUCAGGAAAAGGAAUUAUAGACCCACAGGAAAACCCAAUGAGACAUCUGUCACAGAGUGGGAAAGCACCAACAUCAGGGCGACUGGAAAAGGCCCGAGUGACCGCCUACAUACUCAACCGGAAUCUGGGGAGAUGUUGAUUUGAUUUAUUAUUGCCACAUGGACCUGGGUACAGUGAAAAGUUAUGUUUUGCACAUUCACCUGCUCCUCCUGUUGAAAGGGAUUGAUGCAGGGGGUCAACAUGCUGACUCGCCAGCAAGUUCGAAAUAGUGAGAGGCAGUUCACCACCAGCUCUGCAAGCAGGAAGAGAUCCAGUGGGUUAAUGCAUCUUGCAGAGCACCAGCAAGUGGACAACAGCAAUAGGCCCUUUGAGUGCCCUCAGUUUGGGCAGAGAUUCACUCAGCACCUCCGUGACACCGAGCACCAGCUGGUUCAACCGGAAAAGAGGCUUUUUAAAUGUUCCGAAUGCGAGAAGGUUUUUAAAAAGAGCAGUGGCCUGCUGAUUCACCGGCGCACUCACACGGGAGAGAGACCGUUUGCUUGCUCUGAAUGUGGGAAGAGAUUCACACGUUUGUUCCACCUUCAGAUACACAACCAUGUCCACACUGGGGAGAGGCCGUUCACUUGUCCAGAGUGCGGGAAGGGAUUUGUUCAGUCUUCCGACCUUCUGAAACACAAACGAGUUCACACGGGGGAGAGGCCAUUUGCCUGCUCCAAGUGUGGGAAAAGGUUUGCUGAUUCAUCCCACCUCCUGACACACCAACGUGUUCACACUGGGGAGAAACCAUUCACCUGCUCCGAGUGUGGGAAGAGUUUCCCUCGUUUUUCCCACCUUGUGAUACACAAGCGUGUUCACACGGGGGAGAGGCCGUAUGUUUGUGCGGUGUGUGAGAAAGGAUUUACUUGUUCUCACCACCUGCAGAAACACCAGUCUGUUCACACUGGGAAUAGGGCCUUUAGUUGCUCUCUGUGUGGAAAGUGUUUCACUCAGUCAUCUAGCCUCCAGAGACAUCAACGCACUCACACUGGGGAAAAGCCAUUCACCUGCUCUGUGUGUGGAAAGAAAUUCGCUCAGUCGUCUGAAUACACUGAACAUCAACGUGUUCACUCUGACAGCAGGCCUUUUAAAUGUUCCGAAUGCGAAAAGACAUUUAAGAGAAAGCAUGAUUUACUGAAACAUCAAUAUGUUCACAGUGGGGAAAAGCCUUUCCCCUGCUCUGAAUGCGGCAAGAGAUUCAUUAAUUCAUCUGAUCUGGUGCGACAUCAGGGCACCCACACGGGAGAGCGGCCGCUCACCUGCUUCAUGUGCGGCAACGGAUUCAGUGACUCAUCCCAUCUGUUGAGACACCAGCGAAGUCACACUGGGGAGAGGCCAUUCACUUGCUCCGUGUGUCAGAAAGGAUUCACGCACUCGUCCAGCCUGCUGAGACACCAGCGUGUGCACACUGGGGAGAGGCCAUUCACCUGCUCGGUGUGCGAGAAACGAUUCACUCACUCAUUCAACCUGCUGCGACACCAGCGUGUUCACACUGGGGAGAGACCAUUCACCUGCCCUGUGUGUGAGAAGAGAUUUAGACACUCCUCCCACCUGCAGAGGCAUCAGCGCACUCACACAUUGUCGGCAAAUGUUGUCACUGCUGAGAAUGAAACCCAGGAGUAUGUGAUGAACAUGGCUCAGUCCUCCAGCCAGAUAUUCACAGGACAGCAUCUCUUGUCAAUCAUCCUGAGUGGACAGAACAGGAGAAAGAUCUCAACUAAAACAGUGACCAUGACAGGAUCUGGGCUUGUCACAGAAAAUGCAUCUGGUUCACUCUACUAUCCACACUGGGAUGACACAACUAAAGAACGAGUUUCAGUAGUGCCUCUUUUGCUGUAUUACCGAAAACAUAUUUUUGAGUUAAAAUCCUGGAACGCCUUCCCGCACAUAAUUGUGGCUGUCCCUACACCAAACGGACUGCAGCGAUUCAAGAAGGCAGCUCAAUAUUACCCUCGUAUGGAUAAUUGGGGAUAUGCAAUCAAUACUGGCACAGACAGCAAAGCCCAAAUCCCCGUGAUGAAGAAAAUAUUCUCAUGGAAACACUUUAGGAACUCGUGCCCUUCAUUGUCCGUUACGAUGCCGAGUGCUUACCCACCAUCCACCGCGGUGAUGACUGUCCCCUAUCCAGGCAAGCAGUGCUCAAACGUCGUCCCACCCAGUGCCCGGAGCAUGCGCAGAGAUGGUGACAACAACGAACAGAGACAUCGCGAUUUUGCUCCUCUGCUUGCGUCAUCCAACCUGGAGAGACACGAGGCCAGCCACACCACAGAGAAACCCUGGAAAUGUGGAUUCUGUGGAAAGGGAUUCAAUUAUCCAUCUGAGUUGGGAAUUCAUCAGCGGGCUCACACCGGGGAGAGACCAUUCACCUGCACCGAGUGUGGGACGGGAUUUUCCCGCUUAUCCAACCUGCUGAGGCACCAGCUCGUCCACUCCGACGUGAGGACGUUCAAGUGCCCCGACUGUGAGAAGAGCUUUAAAAGCAGCAGUGACCUGCAGAAGCACCAGCGCAUUCACACCGGGGAGAGGCCGUUCACCUGCUCCACCUGUGGGAAGGGGUUCACCUGUUCGUCCAACCUGCUGAAACACCAGCGCGCUCACACCGGGGAGAGACCAUUCGUCUGCUCGGUCUGUGGGAAGGGCUUCACAGGCUCGUUCACCCUACUGCAGCACCAGCAGGUCCACACACUGGAAAAGCCGUUCACCUGCUCAGAGUGCGGAAAGGGAUUCACUCGGGCGUUCACCCUGCAGGCCCACCAGCGGGUUCACACCGGCGAGAGACCAUUCACCUGCCCCGUGUGUGGGAAGGGGUACACUCGCUCCUCCCAUCUUCUGAGGCACCAGGUAGAUCAUGACGAAAAUGUUUUGAAAAGAAAGUCAAACUCUUCUUCUCUGACGCUAAGCUCUGAGCUGAAUCAAAUGUCCCAAGGAACCAUGGAGAAACCGUGGAAAUGUGGGGACUGUGGGAAGGAAUUUUCGUCCCCGUCUGCCCUGGCGAUUCACCGACGCAGUCACACCGGGGAGAGGCCGUUCACAUGCUGCGUGUGCGGUAACGGAUUCACUCACUCGUCCCACUUGGUCACCCACCGGCGGGUCCACACUGGGGAGAGGCCGUUCCGCUGCUCCGAGUGUGGGAAGGGGUUCACUCAGUCGUCCCACCUGAUCACUCACCAGCGGGUCCACACCGGGGAGAGGCCGUUCCACUGCUCCGAGUGCGGGAAGGCCUUCGGUCAGCCGUCUCAUGUGCGGCUGCACCAGCGGGUGCACAGCGGUGAGAGGCCGUUCAACUGCUCCGAGUGCGGCAAGGGAUUCGGCGACCUGUCUGCGCUGCAGAACCACCGCACGGCCCACUCGGCCGAGCGGCGCUUUGCCUGCUCCGCAUGCGGGAAGCAGUUCACCCGGCUCACCAACUUGCAGCGGCACCAGAUGGCGCACACGGGAGAGAAGCCGUUCGCCUGCUCCACCUGCGGCAAGGCCUUCACCCGGUCGACCAGCCUGCUGGCCCACCGCCGGGUUCACACCGGGGAGAGGCCCUUCACCUGCCUGGUCUGCCGGAAGGGAUUUGCCGAUGCAUCCAGCCUGCGGAAGCACCGGCGCAUCCACACCGGGGAGAGGCCGUUCGCUUGCUCGGUGUGCGGGAAGGCCUUCACCCGGUCAUCCCACCUACGACUGCAUCAGCGGGUUCACAGCGCGGGCGGCUGUCCGGAGCAGGCGCAGUGCCGCAAGUGGGCGGGGCUCAAUCUGUCCCUUGGGGGAAGCAGCCGCCGUCGCCGGGACGUCACUCGCUUCGGCCCCGGGGCCGGUUGCCCUGGAAACCGUGGCCCCGGGAGGCGGAACAAUAGGUCGGGGCGGGGCGAUCCUGAUCGCGCCCCUGGCAUGGAAGCCGAGGACGUCAACUACGAGCACUGUCAUUCUGAUUGGCGGCUUCGGGAAGGCCCCGCCCUCCACUGCGGAGGGCGUCACAACGCGGAAGUAGAUCCAUUGCCAAACCUGGAGAGACACAGGGACCCCUGCACCAUGGAGAAACCGUGGAAAUGUGGGGACUGCGGAAAGGAAUUUUCGUCCCCAUCUGCCCUGGCGAUUCACCGACGCAGUCACACCGGGGAGAGGCCGUUCAUGUGCUGUGAAUGUGGUAACGGGUUCACUCACUUGUCCCACUUGGUCACCCAUCGGCGGGUCCACACCGGGGAGAGGCCGUUCCGCUGCUCCGAGUGCGGGAAGGGGUUCACUCAGUCAUCUCACCUGAUCACUCACCAGCAGGUCCACACCGGGGAGAGGCCGUUCCGCUGCUCCGAGUGCGGGAAGGGGUUCACUCAGUCGUCCCACCUGAUCACUCACCAGCGGGUCCACACCGGGGAGAGGCCGUUCCGCUGCUCCGAGUGUGGGAAGGGGUUCACUCAGUCGUCCCACCUGAUCACUCACCAGCGGGUCCACACCGGGGAGAGGCCGUUCCGCUGCUCCGAGUGCGGGAAGGCCUUCGCUCAGCCGUCUCAACUGCGGCUGCACCAGCGGGUGCACAGCGGUGAGAGGCCGUUCAACUGCUCCGAGUGCGGCAAGGGAUUCGGCGACCUGUCCGCGCUGCAGAACCACCGCACAGCCCACUCAGCCGAGCGGCGCUUUGCAUGCUCCGCGUGCGGGAUGCAAUUCGCCCGGCUCACCAACUUGGAGCAGCACCGGAUGGCCCACACCGGAGAGAAGCCGUUCGCCUGCUCCACCUGUGGCAAGGCCUUCAACCGGUCGACCAGCCUGCUGGCCCACCGUCGGGUCCACACCGGGGAGAGGCCCUUCACCUGCCUGGUCUGCCGGAAGGGAUUUGCCGAUGCGUCCACCCUCUGGAAGCACCGGCGUAUCCACACCGGGGAGAGGCCGUUCGCUUGCUCGGUGUGCGGCAAGGCCUUCACCCGGUCAUCGCACCUACGACGACAUCAGCAGGUUCACAGCGGGUAGCAGCAAGUGAGCAUCGGAAAGGAAUCUUAUUGGUCUAUCCAGCCUGAAGAAAGACAGCCAAGUCCAUACCAGUGAGAGAGACGAAUGGUUCUGCACAGCUCAUGGAGGGCUUAACUGCGGCAUUCAAUUUGCAAUGAUUCAAGUGCAUUUAGCUGCUCUGACAAUGGGCCUUAUUUGCAGUUAUUUUUAUCAAGUGGUUCAGGCAUGUUAUGAUUUGAUUUAUUGUUGUCACGUGUACCGAAUACAGUGAAAAGUGUUGUUUUGUGUGCUAUGCAGCCAGAUCGUUACCAUACAAAGUGCAUCAGGGUAGAAGAAUAGUGUGCAGAAUAAAGUGUUAGAGCCACAGAGAAGGUGCGGAGAGAGAGAUCAGCAGUAACAUAUCAGCAAUCCAUUCAAAAGUCUGAUAACAGCGGGGAACAAGCUGUUUUUGACUCUGUUUGUAUGUGUAUUCACAUGUUUCUCCCUCCUGCCCAAUGGAAGAGCGUAUAAGCGGAAGGUGGGAAGGACCUUUGAUUACGUUGGUGAGUUUUCUGAGGCAGCAGGAUGUUUAUAUAGAGUCGAUGGGUAGAAGGCUGGCUUGCCUGAUCGACUUGGCUGUGUUCACGACUCCCUGGAGUUUCUCGCGCGCUCGGGAAGAGCAGUUGCCAUAUGAUGCACCUCUGGACUUGGACCCAGCUCCCCUGGCCCAGAGGGACGGAGAUUACUGCUGUGACACAAGAGCUCCUUGGGCAUUAAUUGUAAAUAGUUUCCAAUGAGCUUGUUCUAAGAAGUCAGUACACACCUCUGGAGCGGAUGGAACUUGAAGCUGGGCCCCUUAGCUCAGAGAUGGGACCCCUACCACUGCUCCACCAGAGCCCACUGGACAUUAAUUGUAUUGACAGAGAUUAAUUACAAACCAUGAAUUGAUGGUUAGUUGUGGACAUUGUAUGGAAUGAAGUCAUUAGGUAUGUGUGGGAAUUCCUUGCAUCGGUGUAAGCGAAGUUUUAAGUAAGAUUUAUUGAAACAAUAAAGUGUCUACCACAUUAGCCAGACCUAACAGUAUUAGCUUAGUUUCUCAAUUGUUGUAAGCUUUAUUAAUAAUUUGGUGUAGAACAGAA